AUGUCUUCGGACGCCGACUACGCGGCGUUUCUCGAUAAAGCGAACCAAGACACAGGGUCGGGGGAAGUAAAAGAAGCAUCACAGAAGAGCUAUGGGACAAAGAGCGUCAACACGGCAGUACCAAACAGGCUCAAGGAAGUGAAGGAGUACUACAUCAGUGAAUCCGACGAGCCGUUUGAGCCUGUGGCACUCGAGUUUGAGGGUAGCAGCGUGUCUAGUGAGGAUCUCGCGAAGCUCCUGGGAGGCAACAAAGUGGAGGAAGUCAAGGGGACUGGUUUCGAGUCACAGUACAAGGGCGUGAUUGACACGGUGAAGCUGGCGACCAAUGGCACAGUCAAAGUGUUCCGCGUCGAGCUAGAAGGCACGAGGGCAGAGUACUAUGUUGUAGGGGUGGACGAGAAAGAGGGCAGGAUUGUAGGGCUUAAAGCACUGGCUAUAGAGUCGUAGGGAAGGGGGGGGGGCUGUCGGGGCCGGGCAUAUACUUAGCACAAAGCGAACGUGAUGUGAUGGGCAAGCCGGUAAAGGCGCGAGGGUCAUUGCGCGAAUAAAGCCGAUUGAAACGUCGUAGUGGCUGGGAUGGCAAGGUGGAUAUGCAGCGGUAGGGGUGCUAGAUAGUGGAGCAUACCGUUCAACAAGGCGACGAUCAAGAUGGUGUUUUAUUGGGAGAGAAAUUGUGUACAUGACGUGUGUGAAGCGGAGCAGGCUAGGCUUGAAGAGAGGCUGGCUGGUGUUGACUAGGUCCUGGGAAUGAGACUUGGUCGACGGUACCGUAGGCAGUGAUU